CUCCGGUAAGGCAGACUGACUUGGGGGAUCCCAUAUGCGCGGGGACGGCCUGUACCAUGGAACCAACAGCAAAGAAGAUCUUUAAAGGAGUUUUAGUAGCUGAACUUUUGGGUGUUUUUGGAGCAUACUUUUUGUUUAAUAAGAUGAACACAAACCAAGAUUUCAGGCAAACAAUGAGCAAGAAAUUUCCUUUCAUCUUGGAAGUUUAUUACAAGUCCCUUGAAAUGUCUGGAAUGUAUGGAAUUAGAGAGCAAGAUCAAGAAAAGUGGAUGAAUAGCAAAAAUUAAGAAAUUGGCUGUUGAUCACUUUACUAGAGAAGAAAUGCAUAGUAGCAAGCAAGACUAAAUUCCCACAGUGAUCAUGGGCAGAGCUUGGAAUAUUUAAGGCAAAAUGUAGACUUUAAUUCAGAGAUCUUAUUUUUUGGACUAUGGAAAUGUCAUGAAGAUAUGUCUACAAUGUUAUCAAUUUACUUACUAAGUAUUCCUUAACUCAUCUAUACUUCUGAAUCUAUAAACUUUUCAAAAUGGCCAAUAAGAAAGUGUUGUUUUUUGGUAUUAAUUUAAAUUCAUACAAGGUUCUAAAGGUAUAUUAACUUGAAAUACUGUUAUAUUUAAUUCCCACCUUUCCUGAAAUAGUAUUACUUAAACUCCUUGUAUCUUUGGUGUCAAUGUCAAUAGCAGUACUAGAGAUCAUUGGGAAGAUUCAAUGUUUGGCUUCAUAUAUCCUGUAUGUAUAAAUGUGUAGUCCCAAUAAGAAAGCACUUUUGUACCACUUUUUAAUUCCUAAUGAUAUUCAACACCUAUAGGUGGAUAUAAUGUACCUCCUCUAUCCCCCUCCUCCCCAAAUCAUCUCUCUCUCUCUCCCCCAAAUCAAUCCCAUCAGGUAUCCUAAAAUCUUAGGCUAAUUUCUCCUGAAGUAUUAUUAUUGAAGGCAAGGUUACAAAGGGAAUAGCACCUAGUAAAAGCUGCAAGAGGACUUCAGAUAAACAUGUUUUUCCUAAGGGAUGAUCUUGAGAAAAACUGCACAUGCCAUUAAUAUCAAGUAUGAUCUUAUAUCAUUUAAAAGCAGGUGAUAUUUGAACAAUAACAAAUAACUACCAAUUAAGUCAUCUUGCAACUAGGGGACAGCCUAAAUGUAAAUAAAGUUUUAAAGAUAGCUUUUCACUACUUUUUAGCUUGGCAAAUUAAUUUUUAUUCAUUAUUUACUAGGAAGUACAAGCUAAAUAUUAGAAGCAAAAGAGUGUUUCCUCCAAUUUUAUCAAAAAACUUAAAAGCCAUUACUUGAUGCAACAUUCUUUUCAUUUAUUAUCACCUUUCAAAUGGUAUACUCUAAAACAUAAUCUUUU